UCGGCCGGCCACGAUGGAGCUCCACUUCCACACGGUUUGACUUGACCCCGAUCGACGCGGUUUUCCUUUCCUGUGGAUAAGGAAAACGGAACCAUCCAUUGCGUUUCGAUCGCUUCCUUUCCUUUUGCAAAGAUCUCGACUGAUCGCCAUGACUCCGCAGGUCGUCUUUCUUCUCACUCAGCUAACAAUCCCACCUACUCUGAAACACGACGGUGUACCGAAGAAGACGAAGGUGGCGAGUCUCUACUCUCAACCGGCUGUGCGGCACCUAGGAGAGCAGUGACGAAGAUAUAUACUGGUGAGAAGAAUCAAUCCAUUUAAUUGAUCUAUUGCUACACUUGACAAGAAAUUUAAUUACUUGAUCUCAAUUUGGUCUUCAGUUCAGAUGUUUGUAUUCCAGUUUAGUUCUUGCAGUGCAGAUUAGUACUGCCUGCCUUAUGUGACAGCCUGACAGGAGGGGCAGGCAUAGAUGAUCGAUGGCCGAUCCGGUGGCCACCGUGGAGAAGAUCGUCAAGAUCGGGCUCAAGAUCAAGGAGGCCGUGAACAGGGUUCGCCACAACGAGGAGGAUUGCCGCGAGAUCACGAGGCGCGUGCUGAGGUUCAGCGCCAUCCUGUCGCAGCUGCAGCAGACGGGGAUGAUGAGUGGCAGCCCGGCGAUGAGCGGCGCGCUGGAGGACCUGGAGGAGACGCUCGAGCAGGCCCUCAAGCUUGUCGCGGCGUGCCAGGAGAGGACCACCGUCCGCCGCCUCAUCGCGGCCGGGGACCUGUCCAAGCAGCUUCGCCGGGUGAAAGAUGACAUCUUGAAUAAAGUGAUGCUGGCGUCCUUCGCCAUCAACGCCCACACCACCAUCGUGCUGUUAACGAUUCAGGCUGGCGGUCAAGCUCCGCCCCGGCAGCCAUAGGACACAGGAGUUACGGAGAUAUCACAUAACGUUCAAUCAACCAUUGUUCCUAGUCACUGUUUGAUGCAAAGUGAAUGAAGUAACCUUGCAAACAAUCGUUUUCAUCAUAUGGCAAUGGCAGAUCUGAGUUAAAUGGUGAGAAAAACAAAGUACGACCAGGAAGUGAGCCACCUUUUGCUACUUUAUCUGGCUUAAAAACAUUCAAUUUAUCAGAGUUAUAUGCCGCUAUAAAUGACAAAAACAUCAUUGGGACGGGUAGCUCAUGUAAGGUCUACAAGGGUGUACUCAAUGAGGGAAAGGAUGUGGCCAUCAAGAAAAUUGCCAGCUCCUCUGACCAUAGCUGGGCGCGCAUUUACAAACAGCAAGUUCUAGCUUCAAAGCUUCAGCACAAAAACAUAGUUAAAGUUUUGGGAUAUGGCCAUAAAGACGGAGAUGGUAGAGUUAAAGGAUAUUAUUGGGUUGAAGAAUACAUGCCGAAUGGAAGCUUGGACAAGAUUAUCCGUGAGUCCCAACUUGCUUGGUGUUCCAUCUUCAGAAUAAUUGAGGGGAUAGCCCAGGGUGUACAUUACUUACAUGAAGAACACGUUGUACAUAUGGAUGUGAAACCAAGCAACAUCCUCUUGGAUUCUAAUAUGAAUCCAAAGAUUACUGAUUUUAAUAUAUCUAUGGUGCUGCAUGAUGGUGAGAUCACUGGUGACGACAUACUAGGCACAUUGGGAUAUAUACCUCCAGAGUGUUAUGAAAACAGCACUAUAUCAAUGAUGAACGAUGUGUACGCUUUUGGAGUCACCGUCAUUAAUAUCAUUAGCGUUAUGUGCAGAAAUAUACAGCCUUAUGAGCGUCUUUUAUGUACAUGGGCUUGGGACGCUUGGGAAGCUGGACAAAUGGAGGAGGUGUUUGACCCAAAGCUGUAUGAAGGGUCUCAGCCAAGGGAGAUUAAAAGGUGCGUGGAGGUGGGACUAUUGUGCCUUCAGAGUGAUCGGGCAGACCGGCCCACCAUGGCAGAUGUUCUUGAGAUGCUACAUGGUAAGAAACGGCUGCCGACCCUAAAGAAACCAGCAUACAUGGAGUCAGAAUCGGAAUCGGAGAUUGAAUCAGUUACAGAAGGACGAUCAUGCAACAGAUGGAAUAGGAAUCGGAAUCGAAAAUCGCUCCGUAAGGCUGCACAUCGUCGGCAGAUGUUCUUGAGAUGCUACAUGGCAAGAAACGGCUGCCGACCCUAAAGAAACCAGCAUACAUGGAGUCAGAAUCGGAAUCGGAGAUUGAAUCAGUUACAGAAGGACGAUCACGCAACAGAUGGAAUAGGACUCGGAAUCGAAAAUCGCUCCGUAAGGCUGCACAUAGUCGGCGCUAGCUUGUAUGGCACUCGGUAGCUAAUACACUUCCAGCUAUAACGCAAUUCAUUUGGUGUUUGUCAAAAUGGGAAUACUGCGAGCACAAACUAUUUUGUAUUUAAAUAAACAGUUAGUCCCAAAUGAUAACCGAAUCAAGCACCGGUUAUAGCUGAAAUCAAGCAUCGGUGCAAUCAA